UGAAAAUCAGGAACAAAAACAUUAGGAUUAUCUUUUCCAAUAGUAGUUUCUAAUUAAGAUUUUAUCCUGAGAUGAUAUUACAUUACUUUAACUACCUGUGUGUGUCUUAAACAGUAUUUAACAGGUGGAGUAACACUGCUGUAUAAGGACGCCGCGUCGCCAUGACGACCGCUUGGCUCGAGAAGAGGCCGCUGAAGCGGCAGCGGCUGGGACCGCCGGACGUGUACCCGCAGGAUCCGAAGCAGAAGGAGGAUGAGCUGACGUCGGACAGCGUGAAGAGUGGCUUCAGCAACCGGCCGCCGUUCGGCGAGGAGUACGGGUCGGCGCGAGACUACUUCUCAAAUCCGGACAAGUUCAACGUCAUCUACAGCCAGAUGAUGCAGAUGAUAUCGAAGAAGCAGGAGCUGAACACGCUCCCCGACACCGGCAAGAAGCGUCCGCAAAUCAACACCAAGGACAACUUUGUUCCGGCGAACCUCUGCAAGGUCGGCAACUGGAAGAAGGUCGAGGCGUGGCUGAAGGACCUCGCCGGGAGCAAGUCGCUCACCGUCCUCGCCAAGAAGGUGCCCAUCCUCAACAAGAAGGAGGACAUCUUCACGAACCUGUACGACUUCCAGGUGCCGAUGCUGCGAGCGACCUGGCUCAUCAAGAUGACCUCUGCUUACAACGUCGCGCUCAACGAAGCCAAGAUCAAGAAGAAGCAGCCGACCGACCCGUCGCAGGAGUGGACGCAGGCGCUCACGCGCUUCCUACGAGACCUCCUCAACAAGCUCACCGACUGGUACCACGGGCAGUCGACCGCGGGGGGGAUGCCGGCGGAGGUGGACGCUGCUAUGAAGCAGUGGCAGUACUGCCAGCGACUGACACGCUACAUGUACGAGGAGGGGCUGGUGGAGAGGCAGGAGUUCCUCGCAUGGAUACUCGACCUGCUGGAGCGCGUGCGCGGCGUUGACGACGGCUCCCUCAAGCUGCUGCUUCCGCUCGCGCUCGAAUACCUCGACGAAUUCGUGCAGUCGCAGCAGCUCUCUCGCCGCCUCGCUCACUACUGCGCAAAGAAACUCGUCGCCAUGGCGACCGACUCCGCCGCGUGCGCGUCGCCGCGCACGCAGAGCCCCCUGGUGGGCGCGACGGGGGAGGGGGCGGCGACGGGCGGGGGUCUGUGGGCGGAGUACGGUUCGUGCGCGUUUCACCGCGGUCUCGUGCUCAGCUACUCCUGCAUGCUGCAGUGCGUCACGCUCUGCGCUCCCACUGCACUCGUGUGGAGCGGUGUCGGCAGCGGCGCCUACGCGGGAUCCCCGCUCGACCUCCUCCCCUGCGCUCCCUCCGCGCUGCCCAUGCCCCCGCUGGGAGACGCGGCGGCGAUACGGCGGCAGGUGCGUGCGAGCGAGGAGGAGAUCCGUCGCCGGGGCGCGGCGGUCGAGGCGCGCUGGUCGUCCGACACGUGCCGGCGGUCAACGCGUGGACACGCGAUGCAGCGAGUGCUGAGCGUUCUCGAGGCCCUCGAUCGUCACUCGUUCGACCGCUCCGACGCUAACAACUGCCUCGACGUUCUCUACAACAAGAUCUUCCCGUCGCUGGAGUCACGCGGCGGCGGCGGGGGAGGGGGAGGCGGGACGGAGGGGGACCGGGCGGUGGUGCUGCAGCUGUGUGAGUGGGCGGUGAGCACGCAUCGCAGCGGAGACCACCGCGCCGUCGUCGUCGCCAAGCUGCUCGAGAAACGACAGGGCGAGAUCGCGCCGGACUCCCCCGACGCCGACUCCGCUCCUCCUCCCCCGCCUCCUCCUCGUCCCCCGCCCGCGCCCUCCCCCGAGCAGGAGGAGGAGGGGUACGUCGCGGCGGCGGGGGGAGGAGGUCCCGUGUUCCAGAACCUCCUUCUGCACUUCCUCGACUCGCAGGCGCCGACGCUGGACGAACGUCCGUGCGCGGAGAACCGCGAGCAGUUCGCGAACCUCGUGCUGCUGUUCUGCGAACUCAUCCAGCACGACGUAUUCUCGCACGACAAGUACAUGUGCGCGCUCAUCUCCCGCGGCGACCUCGUUGCCGCGCCGACCGCGAGCCAGCUUGGCGUCGUCCCGCAGACGCCCGACGCGAGGUCGUCCGUGGAACCUUGCGCGGGUCGCGGCGCGAUGCCGCCGCAGUCCGAUCUGGAAUCCGCACUGCCGCCGUGCGUCGACCUCGGCUUCCGCGCGGACGGUGGCGCCCUCCGGGGAUGCGACGAGGCGGCGAAACUCGACGACGACUUCAACCGCGUGUUCCAGAACUUCGCGCAGAAGCAGGACGUCGCCGCCGCCAUCGCCGCGGCAACGAAGAUGGAAUUCCCGAUGGCGGAGAGGGUGCCGCCGGUGCAGCCUCCCGCCACGCCGCCGGGUCCGCCGCCGCAGCAGCGACUGUCGCGUCACUACCAGUACACGCUGCACUUCCCCGUGCCACCGGACGACGCGUACGCGCACGAGUGCAACCAGCGUCUCGUCACGCUGUACGGGGUCGGGCGCGCGCGCGACGACGCGCGCCACAUGGUCCGCCGCGUCCAGAAGGAACUGCAGAAGCUGUUCGGCAAGAAGAACUCGCUCGAUCUCUCGGCAGAGGGCGCCGGCAAGCCGAAGCGUAGCCGCGGCGACCCGACGUCGACGUUCGAAUCGAUCUUCGCGCGUUUCCGCGCGCUGUCGUACUUCGACCAGCACCACGUGACGCACGCGACGGCCGGCUACGCCGUCGAGCAGCUGUCUCACUUCGUGACGGACGAGCGAUUCAACUACCUGCCCGCCGUCGAGCACCUCGGCUUCCUCUUCGACCUCAUGGAGCACGCGCUCAACAUCAGCGGCCUCCUCGACUUCUGCAACCAGCUGCUCAAGGUCAUCCCGGCCGUGCAGAAGCGGCUGGAGGGCGCCGCGCACGCGCUCGUCAACCAGUACCCGACGACGGUGUGCCUGCACGCGGUGGCCGUGUUCCGCAAGUACCACGCGUGGCUGCUCAUCCAGCCCGACCACGAGCAGACCGUGCUCACCUUCGAGGGGCUCAUCAACGUCGUGCAGCACGUGGGAAACCCGUCCGACUGCACGUCGGCCGAGCGCUGCAUCCUCACGUACGUCUACGACCUCUACUGGUCGUGUCCCACCGCCUCGCACAUCAUCAAGACGCAGUGGGGCGACAUGUUCCCCGUCAUCACGCAGGCCCUCGCCAAGGUCAAGCAGUCGCUGUACGCGAGCGUGACGCCGUCGACGGCUAACCUGCCGUGGGACCGCGCCGUCAUGGCCGACCACCUCGCGCGGCCCAACCCGCGUAACCGCCCCGACCCCGAGCUCGUGCGGCAGCUGAAGGAGGCGCCGGCGACGCGGUACGCGUUCGUCUGCAACGCGCUGCUCGCCGUCUGCCGCUGCGGCGGCGACUCGGACAACGUCAACGACGUCGCGAUACUGUGCGCGGAGCUGACGGCGUGUUGCAACGCGCUCAGCUCGGAGUGGCUGGGCGCGCUGAAGGCGCUCUGCUGCUCGUUCGACAACACGUGCGGCUUCGUCGAGAUCCUGACGGAGGUGGACGUCGGCGACGCGGCGACGCACGACCCGAUCGCGGUGUUCACGUCCGUGCUCGUGGCGAGACACUGCCUCGCGCUCGAGGACAUCGUCUUCCACGUCGCGCUCCCCUCCCUCGUCGCCUCCACCGCCUCCGUGAACAAGCGAGACGCCGACGCCGGCGCCCGUCUAACCUGCCACCUGCUGCGCCACUUGUUUCGCACGACCGAGGGGGCGCUGGCGAGGCUGGGGCGGCCGCGGAGCGCGCUUCCGGCGAUACGUACGUCGUGCGACCGCCACCUGCUCGACUCGGCCCACGCGUCCAUCACCGUCGACGCCGUCCUCGCCGUGCUCAAGGCCAUCCUCAUGAUGGGCGACACGGCCGCGUCGCCCCCGGCAACGACCCCGGACGACCUCGACGACGACCCGCCGCUGCUCGGGGUCGCGUCGCGGUCGCGCGCGGGCGACGACGACGACGACGAGACGGGGCUGAGGCGUCUCGCAAAGAAGGCUCUCACGGAGAUCUGCAGCGAGAACUGGGUUCUCGAGCGCUGCCUCAAGGACUCUGAGCGUCUCUGCACGGAGGACCUCCUCCUCGACCCCAUGCUGAAGAACAAACAGGGUCAGCAGCUGCUGCGCCUCAUCUGCUACUCGGGAUCCGGGGGCGGCGGGGACGGGGACAGGCGCGCGACGGUGUGUCGCAUCCUGCGUGAUCUCGAUCAGUGGAGCCUGUGCGUGUCGUGGCUGGAGCUGCAGCUCAUACUCAUGCAGUGUCCCGCGGACGAGCGAAACUCCCUCAUGGACGUCAUCGCCCGCGCGACCAUAGACGUCUUCCAGUCCCCGCCCCCCGCCGACGACAAGGCGGGGCGGGCGGGGCGGGAGCAGAAACCCGCGGCGACGGCAGACGCGCAGCGACCCGAGCGCAGCAACAUCUGGCUGGUGGCGCCCCUGGUGGCGAAGCUGCCAGCGGCGGUGCAGGGGAAGGUGCUUCGCGCGGCGGGGCAGGUCCUCGAGAGCUGCAACUGGUCGCCGUCGUCGUCCUCCUCCUCCUCGUCCUCCGCGUCGAAGAAGGAUCGCGACCGCGCGGGGGGCGGGCAGCGCGGCAUGUCGCCGCCGUGCCAGCAGCCGUUCCUCUGCCUCGUGCUGACCUGCCUGCGCGGCAAGGACGAGCAACGCGAGGGGCUGCUCUUCUCCCUCUACUCGCAGCUCGGGCAGUACCUGCACGCGGGGGAGCGGUGCGGCGACGACGCGCGCGCGCGGCAGUCCCUCCAGGAGGCGCUGCAGCUGCGGCUGAGCCUCGUCGGCGGCAUGUUCGACGUGAUACAGCGCAGCGCGGCGAACGUCGCCGACUGGGCGGUGCUGUUCGUGCAGCUGGCGUGCGCGCGAGUCGUCGACCCUCACGUCGACCGCCAGCUGUUCACGACGAUCGUAGACAUGCUGUCGGCGCUCAUCCACGCGGCGAUGGUCGCCGCGCAGGACUCCCACGGGGAGAAACCCGAUGCAAAGUCCUCCUCUUCGUCCUCCUCGUCCUCCGGCGGCGGGGGCGGAGGAGGAGGAGGAGGUGGUGCGGGAGCGGGCGGGGAGGACGCGAAGAAGAUGUACGCGAACCUGAAGAAGAAGCUGCAGAAGGAGAUCGGCGAUCGCGACUCUGACGGCGUCGCCAUCGUCCGACAGCUGCUGCCGCUCGCCAAGAAACAAGCGAGCGUCAUCGUCUGCGAGCCGACGGGAAGCCUCGUCGACACGAAGGGAAACAAGAUUGCCGGGUUCGACUCGAUCGACAAGAAGAAGGGACUGCAGGUUGCGGACAAGACGAGCGUGAGUCCGUGGGAGCUGUUCGAGGGGCUGCGCAACCCGGCGCCGCUCUCCUGGGCGUGGUUCGGCGCCGUGCGCAUGGAGCGCAAGGCCCUCAAGUACGAGGAGCAGCACCGCAUGCUUCUCUACCACACGCACGCGCUCAAGAAACCCGCCGCCUACUACCUCAGCCCUCCGCAGCUGCCGCCCGAGGACCUAGAACCGCCGCCGCCGCCGCCCCCGCCUCCUCCCUCGGACAAGCUCGUGAAGAAGGAACUCAUGAUGAUGCAGAAGGAAGGAGGAGGAGGAGGAGGAGGAGGGGAGGCGCGUCCCGAUCCACCGAUCACGCCUAAGAAGGCUAAGGGUGCGCAGCGGCGGCGUCGGGCGUCGAGGGUCGGGGCGGCGCAGCAGGUCUACCAGGGGCAGAGCCCCGGCCGUAGCAUGCCCCCGACGUUCCCCGAACCCUCCAUGUACCAGGCGGGCGGGGGCGGCGGCACGGGCGGGGCGCGGGACUCUCUCUCACGCUCUCUCUCUCUCCGUCUGUCAACAAAUGCAGUCGGACCUGUGUACAUAUUAGUAGUCAGCCACUCAUUGCAUGCGAGUAAGGUUUAUAAGUUACACUAA